AUGUCGGUACGCAUCAACCCUCUACUCUCAGGCCUGGUUGCCGUCCUUUUUGUUACCGGCGCGUUUAUCCUGAACAAUGUCUUGCAGGGCACGAAGUCAGCCAUCACCGACUGGGUCCUGCCGGGAGACAAGUCCGGCGAGUUCAAGAGACAGCAGUCCCGGUUCCGCGACUUCAUAUCGAAAGAAGCCAAUGCAGAAUUUCCCGCGGAAAAGGAUCGAUAUCAUUUGUUUGUUUCAUAUGCGUGCCCUUGGGCACACCGAGUGUUAAUCGUACGGAAGUUGAAGGGACUGGAAGACAUCAUUCCCUUCACCAGCGUACACUGGCAUAUGGAGUCGAAAGGCUGGCGCUUCGCUACUUCCGACGAACAGGUUCCUGGCGAGAACGUCACUCCAAAUCCCCUCAAUCCCAACUUCACACACCUUCGAGACAUCUACUUCUCUGUAAAUAAAGACUACGAAGGACGCUUUACAGUUCCGACUCUGUGGGACAAAAAGAAGCAGACCAUCGUUAACAAUGAGUCUUCCGAGAUCCUACGCAUGUUCUACACCGAGUUCGACGAUCUCCUGCCGGACAAGUACAAGAACGUCGUUCUGUUCCCGGAAGAGCUGCAAGAUAAGAUCGAGGAGACGAACGAGUGGACGUACAACGACAUCAACAACGGCGUGUACAAGUCUGGGUUUGCGACAACGCAGGAAGCUUACGAGCGAAGUGUGGUGCAAUUGUUCAAGUCUCUCGAUCGCGCGGAAGCAGACCUCGCAAAUUCAUCAGGGCCGUACUACUUUGGCGACAAGAUCACGGAAGCCGAUAUCAGGCUGUACACCACCAUCGUGCGCUUUGACCCCGUCUACGUCCAGCACUUCAAGUGCAACAUCAGAGAUAUCCGCUCCGGGUAUCCGAACUUGCACAAGUGGCUGAGGAACCUGUACUGGAAUGUUCCCGCCUUUGGUGAAACAACGCAGUUCGAACAUAUUAAGAAACACUACACCAAGAGUCAUAAGCAGAUCAACCAGUUCGCGAUCACGCCGGUUGGGCCGGUGCCAGAUAUCUUGAAGCCGGACGAGGAGGUUGCCGCUGCCCAGCAUUAG